GUGGGUCUGGAGACACACUCAUGGAGCGGGACCUCCAUUUUCAAACUUCCAUAGCUUCUUCGCUCUGUCUGAUAUCUCGUCUUUAUCUUUACCUUACUACACUGAUUUCUGCUUUCUCCGUUUCUUUCUCACCAUUUGGCUAAGUAUUUGUAUACCUCUACGCGUACACACUACCGUAUGCCUACCUAAAUUUCUUGCGGGCGUCGCUGCAGAUUCAUCGUUGAAUUCGUCUCCGCCGGCACAGUUAGAUCCGUCGAUUGUUUAAGUGUGGGCUGUGUCGUUUCCCCAAUUAGGGUUUCGUGUUUCAAUUGGAUGGAGAUCUAGUGAUGUGCCGGUGCUCCGAAAAUCUAGGGUAAUUAUUUUUGCUCAAUGUCGAGUGCAUCUGGGUCAGCGCCGCAGCCGGAGGUAAUUCUGGAAUGGCUUCAGAAGGAAAUGGGUUACAGGCCACUCGGUCCGUAUGCGUCUUCCACGAAGUCGUCAAUCCCCACUGCCGAUUCACUCCGCAAGAUUUGCCGCGGGAACAUGAUCCCCGUCUGGAGCUUCCUGGUGAAGCGGGUGAAGUCGGAGAAGACGGUGGAAAAUAUCCGGAGGAAUAUUCUUGUCCAUGGCGCCGACGACGGCGGGAAAGGGAGGAAGAAGGAGGUAUCAGGAGGGGGGAAGGAGGGCGGUGCUAGCAGUGGUAGGGAGAUGGCAUUGCAGGAGAGGGAAUUGGCGGAGAAGGAAGUGGAGAGGUUGAGGCAGAUCGUCCGGCGGCAGCGGAAGGAGUUGAAGGCAAGGAUGAUCGAGGUCUCAAGAGAGGAAGCUGAACGGAAGCGUAUGCUUGAUGAACGAUCAAAUUACAGGCACAAGCACGUAAUGUUGGAGGCGUACGAUCAGCAAUGUGAUGAAGCUGCAAAGAUAUUUGCCGAGUACCAUAAACGGUUACGAUACUAUGUAAACCAAGCUAAAGAUGCCCAAAGAUCUAGUGUUAAUUCAGCACCUGAAAUCGUGACCAGUUUUCACUCAAAUAGCAAAAAAGGCAGUAAAUCAACCGAUGAUGUCAUUCUUAUUGAAACUACAAGGGAAAGAAAUGUUCGGAAAGUUUGUGAAUCUCUUGCAGUGCAGAUGUCUGAAAAGAUUCGAAAUACUUUUCCCGCCUAUGAAGGAAAUGGGAUACAUUCUAAUCCCCAAAUUGAAUCUUCAAAACUAGGCAUUGAACCAGAUGGCGACUUACCUGCUGAGAUUAAAGAUGUGAUAACAGAUUGUUUGAAGACUCCUCCACAUUUGCUUCAAGCAAUUAUUUCGUACACCCAAAGGUUGACAACUUUGAUCACUAGAGAAAUAGAAAAGAUUGAUGUUAGAGCUGAUGCAGAAGCACUUAGGUACAAAUAUGAAAACAACACAGUAAUUGAGGCUUCUUCUCCAGAUGUAAGCUCACCAUUGCAAUACCAUCUCUAUGGUUAUGGAAAGCAAGGAACUGAUGCAGCUGCAAGAGGUACCGAGUAUCAACUUCUAGAGAGACAGAAAGCACAUGUACAACAAUUUUUGGCUACUGAAGAUGCACUCAACAAGGCUGCAGAAGCUAGAAAAAUGAGCCAACUCCUUUUGAAACGUCUUCAUGGAAGUGAUGAUUCAGAUACUACACAGUCACUUGUUAAAGCUGGAACUUCCCAGAGUAUGAGCAGCCUUAGGCAACUGGAGUUAGAGGUUUGGGCCAAGGAAAGAGAGGCUGCUGGGCUAAAGGCUAGCUUGAAUACAUUGAUGUCAGAAGUACAUCGAUUGAAUAAAUUAUGUGCUGAGAGGAAAGAAGCCGAAAAUUCUUUAAGGAAGAAGUGGAAAAAGAUUGAAGAAUUUGAUGCUAGGCGGUCUGAGUUGGAAUCAAUCUACAAUGCACUACUUAAGGCAAACAAGGAUGCUGUUGCUUUCUGGAAUCAACAACCAUUAGCUGCAAGGGAGUAUGCAUCUAGCACUAUAAUCCCAGCAUGUAAUGUGGUUUUGAACUUGUCAAACAGUGCGAAAGAUCUCAUUGAUCAUGAAGUUUCAGCCUUCUAUCGAACACCUGAUAAUAGUCUUUACAUGCUUCCAUCAACACCUCAGGCUCUCCUGGAGUCAAUGGGUGCCAAUGGAUCCACAGGACCCGAAGCUGUUGCCAAUGCUGAGCGAAAUGCAGCAGUCCUAACAGCUAGAGCAGGUGCUAGAGAUCCUUCUGCCAUUCCUUCUAUAUGUCGCAUUUCAGCUGCUCUACAGUAUCCUGCUGGUUUGGAUGGUUUGGAUGCUGGUCUAGCAUCAGUCUUGGAGUCCAUGGAGUUCUGUUUAAAGCUUCGUGGUUCUGAAGCUACUGUAUUGGAAGACUUGUCGAAGGCAAUUAACUUGGUUCAUAUCAGAAGGGAUCUUGUUGAGAGUGGUCAUUCUCUGUUAAAUCAUGCUCACCAUGCAUUGCAAGACUAUGACAGAACAACAAACUACUGUCUUAAAGUGGCAGCUGAACAUGAAAGAACCAUUUCGGAGAAGUGGUUGCCCCAAUUGAGUACUGCAAUUCUAAAUGCCCAGAAAUGUCUUGAAGAAUGCAAAUACGUCAGAGGGCUGUUGGAUGAAUGGUGGGAACAACCCGCAUCAACUGUUGUCGAUUGGGUCACUGUUGAUGGACAAAAUGUUGCUGCUUGGCAAAAUCAUGUAAAACAACUUCUGGCCUUCUAUGACAAGUAGUAAUUACAAAGUGGAUGACCCUUUUAGUUGUAGAAACAGAACCACAUAUAAACUUCUAUCCGGCGGCAGAUCGUUGCAAAUGCUGUCAAAUCGGGAGCAUAGUUGAUAUUUUACAUAGCAUCAAACAGGCUAUUAUUUGUUUUAAAUGUGAUCGGGAAAAGGGAAGCUCAGAGCUACUGAGCACGGGCGAUCAUUGUUACGCUAGUGCCUAAAUUUCUUCUUGUAUUCAUCUCGGAAGGUAGAUCAUCUACACUUAACUUCCCUGCGACUUUCGAACUUCUUUAAGAGUUGAUUGUUCCCAAAUGCUGGAAUGUUGUUAAUUUGUGCAGAAAAAAAAUGUAGUGGCAUUGUAA